AUGGCUACAGUGAAUCCCAAAGACUCCAUGAAAUCCACAUGGCGUGAUGGCAACCGGGAUGAAUGGAACUUCUAUCACCAUAUCAUCGACUUCCUAAAUGUCUACCACGUCGACCGUGAUCGCGAGGUGCCGGUGCACUCAAAGGACGAUAAGAUACCCUACGUACCUCAGUGGUCUCUACACCGCUUUGUGCUCAUCUAUUCGGCGGUUCCUCUCCUCAUACAUCAGGUCUUUUCAUCUUAUACUGGUUACACCCUCGGUCCUUUCGCCGCCUUCAAUUUCUAUCUCUUCGCUUUCAAUGCGAUUAUCAUCUAUGAAGUGCAUAUUCUCCGCAGACUGGGCCACAAGUGGGGCUUUCUGGAUGGCGACAAGCACGAGCGUGACGGUAUUCCCGAUGUGGGCAUUGCAAAGGUUGUCCAGUCUCUCUACAAAACCACUGGCUCGCGUCUAGCCAUGUCGAUCUACUUUUCCUACAGCGCCGACUGUCUGCCCGCGCAAAUGAACUGGGCAUGGCUCCCUCUCGAGAUUGGUCUUUAUGGCAUUGUUCUUGACUUUUGGUUCUACUGGUAUCACAGGGCGAUGCACGAUGUGGACUUUCUUUGGAAGUUUCAUCGUACCCACCAUCUGACCAAACACCCCAAUCCCCUGCUUUCGGCCUACGCGGACCAUGAGCAGGAGUUCUUUGACAUGGUUGGGGUUCCCUUUUUCACCUACAUGACUCUAAAGGCGUUUGGGUUGCCAAUGGGGUUUUAUGAAUGGUGGAUCUGCCAUGAAUACAUCGCCUUCACUGAGGUCUUGGGACACAGUGGCCUUCGCAUACAUGGGACGGCCCCUUCUACUCUAGGAUGGUUGCUAGACUUCUUUAAGGCGGACAUUGUCAUUGAGGACCAUGACUUGCACCAUCGCAAGGGCUACAGAAAGAGCUACAACUAUGGCAAACAGACACGCCUGUGGGACCGCUUAUUUGGUACCUGUCACGAUCGGAUCGAGUCGGCGAAAGAGAAUAUCGACUUCGAUAUUACGGCGCCCAUGCCGCUGUCUUAG